GGGGGCCGCGCCGCGCCAUGGCCCAGCAGCAGAUGAGCAGCUCGCAGAAGGCGCUGAUGCUGGAGCUGAAGUCGCUGCAGGAGGAGCCGGUGGAGGGCUUCCGCAUCACCCUGGUCGACGAGUCCGACCUCUACAACUGGGAGGUGGCGAUCUUCGGACCCCCCAACACCCUCUACGAGGGCGGGUACUUCAAGGCUCACAUUAAAUUUCCUAUUGACUAUCCAUAUUCACCACCUACCUUCAGAUUCCUGACCAAAAUGUGGCACCCCAACAUUUAUGAGAAUGGUGAUGUAUGUAUUUCAAUUCUUCACCCACCUGUAGAUGACCCACAAAGUGGAGAGCUGCCCUCCGAGAGGUGGAACCCUACCCAAAAUGUCAGGACUAUCUUACUGAGUGUAAUCUCUUUGCUUAAUGAGCCCAACACAUUCUCUCCUGCCAAUGUGGAUGCAUCAGUCAUGUUCAGGAAAUGGAGGGACAGUAAAGGAAAAGACAAGGAGUAUGCUGAAAUCAUAAGGAAACAGGUUUUGGCUACCAAAGCUGAAGCUGAGAAGGAUGGCGUGAAGGUCCCCACUACACUGGCCGAGUACUGCAUCAAAACUAAAGUGCCUUCCAAUGACAACAGUUCAGAUUUGCUUUACGACGACUUGUACGAUGAUGACAUUGAUGACGAAGAUGAGGAGGAGGAGGAUGCCGACUGUUACGAUGAUGAUGAUUCUGGCAAUGAGGAGUCAUGACCUGCUCCCUCUAUGCCCCUGUACUGCCCUGGUCGGAAGAGGACACGUC